AUGUCUUCUUUAUUUGAAUUUGUUGCUCGUGUUCGACAAACAGCAUCGCCGCCUGAAACUCCCAAAGCCGCCAACACUUUGAAAUUUGGACUUCUUGGCGCAGCUACUAUUGCACUCACAGCGCUUAUAAAACCAGCGAAAUCGCAUCCCGAAGUUGUCAUCCAAGCUAUAGCGGCUCGUGAUAAGCAAAGGGCCGUGGCCUAUGCCAAAAAGCAUGGUAUACCACAUGUCAAGGAUAGCUACGAGGCGCUUCUUGACGACCCGUCUAUCGAUGCUGUUUACAUCCCGCUUCCUGCAAGCUCUCACUACGAAUGGGCUCUCAAAGCUAUUUCCAAAGGCAAACACGUACUUUUAGAGAAACCAGCGGUGGUCAACGCGGUCGAGGCUGAGAGGUUGUUCUGGUCACCGCUCCUACAGGAACCCAAUGCUCCCAUUUUACUUGAAGCAAUGCAUUUCCGCUUCCAGCCGGUCUGGCAACAUUUUCUUUCCUUGGUUGAUCGCACAAAUAUCAACCUCGUGACCGCCGUUGCGAAGUUGCCUUCACAUAUGAUUCCGAGCGAUGGUAACAAGUUUGAAUAUGAUAUGGGAGGCGGAAAUAUGCUGGACCUCGGAUCCUACCCAAUGUACGCAGUGAGGCAAGUCAUGGACGCUGAACCUGAAGAAUGUACGAAAUGUACUGUCAGGCUUUCUCCUGCUCCUCGAGAGCUCUGCGAUGAAGCUGCUGAUGCGAGGUUUCUGUUCUCUGGAGGGCGUAUCGGCCAGAUCACAACGGAUCUGCAAGCAAGCGUCACAACGAUACCCACUUUCAACAUCAAAGUGUCACACAAAGAAGUGACAGUGGAGGACAAGAGCCUUCCUGACGGCCGAAACAAAACCUGUGUCCGGAACAUAGUCCUAAACAACUUCUUGGUGGCAGCAGUCUGGCAUCGCAUUGACAUUGAGGACGAAUUUAUCAUUCGGGAAAAAGAAGGCGGCCGAGUCGUAAGACGUUGGUCAGAGAAGCAGUCCAAGAAAAUCUACACGUUCAACGAUGCCGGUAUCGACCAACCGGGUGAGCCUUUUUGGACGUCCUACCGCCAUCAGCUUGAGCAAUUUGUCAACAAAAUUCGUGGAAGAGAGGGUUCUGGUCUGUGGGUCAGCAACGAGGAUAGUAUUGCACAAGCGAAGAUGAUCGAUAUGGCGUACGAGCGAUCAGGCCUGCCCCUAAGACCCACAAGCAAAUUCCACUAA